CUCCGCUGCCAUCUGCGCUACGGCAGGGAGGCCGCCUUGGCCCGGCGAGCCGAACCAAUGCUGGAUUUGGAGGUGGUACCCGAACGCUCUCUGGGGAACGAGCAAUGGGAAUUCGCGCUGGGAAUGCCUCUGGCUCAGGCAGUAGCCAUUCUUCAGAAGCACUGUCGCAUCAUAAAAAAUGUCCAGGUUCUCUACAGUGAACAGUCUCCUCUAAGCCAUGACCUCAUCCUUAACCUGACUCAGGACGGGAUCAAACUACUGUUUGAUGCUUUCAAUCAGAGACUUAAGGUGAUUGAAGUAUAUGACUUGACUAAAGUAAAGUUAAAAUAUUGUGGUGUGCAUUUCAAUUCUCAAGCCAUAGCUCCCACCAUUGAGCAGAUUGACCAGUCUUUUGGUGCAACCCAUCCUGGAGUGUACAACUCUGCUGAGCAGCUCUUCCAUCUCAACUUCAGAGGACUGUCUUUCUCUUUUCAGCUAGACUCAUGGAUUGAGGCUCCCAAGUAUGAGCCCAAUUUUGCCCAUGGUCUGGCUUCUCUCCAGAUACCCCACGGAGCAACUGUGAAACGAAUGUACAUAUACAGUGGAAAUAGCCUACAGGAUACCAAGGCUCCUGUGAUGCCUCUGAGCUGUUUCCUGGGCAAUGUGUAUGCCGAGAGUGUAGAUGUCCUUCGAGAUGGAACUGGACCCUCAGGUUUACGACUUCGCCUACUUGCUGCAGGUUGUGGACCUGGCCUAUUAGCAGAUGCCAAGAUGCGGGUAUUUGAACGCUCAGUGUAUUUUGGUGAUUCCUGCCAAGAUGUUCUUAGCAUGCUUGGCUCUCCACACAAAGUGUUCUACAAGUCAGAAGACAAGAUGAAGAUUCAUUCUCCUUCUCCUCAUAAGCAAGUUCCAUCCAAGUGCAAUGACUACUUUUUUAACUACUUCACUCUUGGAGUGGACAUCCUCUUUGAUGCGAAUACACACAAAGUGAAGAAGUUUGUCCUACACACCAAUUACCCUGGACAUUAUAAUUUUAAUAUUUAUCACCGCUGUGAGUUCAAGAUCCCACUAACCAUAAAGAGAGAAAACACAGAUGGUCAGACAGAAACAUGCACAACCUACAGUAAGUGGGACAACAUCCAGGAGCUCCUAGGCCACCCUGUGGAGAAGCCUGUUGUCCUGCACAGGUCCUCCUCCCCAAACAACACCAAUCCAUUUGGCUCCACCUUCUGCUUUGGUCUUCAGCGGAUGAUCUUUGAGGUCAUGCAGAACAACCACAUUGCCUCCGUGACCCUUUAUGGCCCCCCCAGGCCUGGUGCCCACCUGAGAACCGCAGAGCUCCCUUAGGGACAUGACCACCCAUGUCCAUCUGCCCCAUGGAACUUUGCAUCGCAUCCUGUUCAGCGGGCCUCCCUGUGCCACCUUGUGGGUUUCCUUGGACACCUUGCCAGUGUGGAAGGGCUGUUGUGAUGUUUUGCAGUGGGGCUCAGGCUGGGUGCUCUGCCAUGGGCGAGAGACCCAAACGUUCCUCUGUCCAUUCUCAGCCUGCUGGUGCCAACAGGAACACAGACUGCAGAGAGAAGCACAAACUCUGAGCCUUGAUACUGGGACCCAGGAGCCUCUGGACUAACACAUAGGGAGGCAGGGUUUUCUCUCCCCUGUCCCACAUACAUUGGGAAAACUUGGGGCGCUUACUGUGGCUAAGGAGACAGGAACAAACAGGACAAGGAUAGGUACCUGCCUUUGGCACAGCAUUGCCACAUGACCGUUAAGCAGGUAGCAUGUCCUUAUUACUUCAUUGCGACUUUUGCACUACAUCCACUUGAGUUACUUGAUGAAGCUGGCUGCGUGGCCAAGGUGGCCCACCUGCCCUCCCCUGUUCCUUUCUUGCACGCGCUCCCUGCCAGGCCCAGUAGGCACACCCAACUGGUUGAAACACAACUUUCUACCAUCAAGGUACGUACCCAGGCCCGGUUCCCACCCUUCUUGGAGCCAGCCUCUAAGGUCACCUGUGCCCCCACUCUGCCCCAACCUGGCUGGCAGGGCUGCAUGUUUCCAUCCUGUUUGCCUCUUUUAUUUAAUGCCAAAGUUUUCGCCAAAGA